CCGGCCCCGCCUGCCGGAAGUGUGAUGUGGCCGAGAGCUGGUCGCCAUGUCUGCCAUCUUCAACUUUCAGAGCCUUCUGACAGUCAUCUUGCUGCUUAUAUGCACAUGUGCCUAUAUCAGAUCCUUGGCUCCCAGCUUACUGGACAAAAAUAAAACCGGACUAUUGGGAAUAUUCUGGAAAUGCGCCAGGAUUGGUGAACGGAAGAGCCCAUAUGUGGCUGUCAGCUGUGUCGUGAUGGCCUUCACCAUUCUGUUUGUGCAGUAGCAACUUGAGAGUGUGCUCUAUGCCCUUCUGGCAAACAUCAGAGCAUAGAAGAAGUUCUGACAGGGAAAGACAGGAAAGCGCCAUCAAGUCUCCUCUCACGCUGGAUAGCACAUUGGAUACCCUGCCUCGUAAUGGAUGCUCUCCCUCCUGCUAACAUACCAUCAUGUACAGUGGUAGUGAUCAUAAACCAGCUAAUGCCAAAUGACACAUGCUCAUUAAUGUCAAGACAGUACUGGCACUCCUGAUGUAAUUCUUGAAAGGGUGUCUGAUGUAUAUCUGAGCUUUACAGAAAUUUAUAAUUUUUCUUUUUUGUUG